AUGGGCUCCCGGCCGCGGGUGCUCGCUCCCGGCUCUGCUCUGGCCCUGCGGGUCCGUGCAGUGGCCCUGCGCCCCGAGGUGCCCGUCGUGCGGCUGUGGGGACUGCUGCGCGAGCACCAUGUUGACUACAUCCGUCUCCGCAAAAGGAUCCAGGCGAUGGCGGGGCCGCGCCUAGCGGCUACCCCGGAUUCUGACGAGCUGGCGGCUGGUGAGGCUCAGCUGCGCGUCGGAGACAUGGGCCUGGUGGAAGUGGUUGGACUCUGGUACCGCUGUUGCGUGGUGAGUCACCGUGACCGGGACUACCGUGUGUUCCUGCUGGAUGAGGGCUUCACGGUGGUCACGUCUGCCUAUUACCUGGCACGGGGCUGCGCAGAGCUUUUCCACCUUCCUCCGGAGGUGUUGGGCUGCAUUGUGGCCAAUGUUGUACCAUCUGGAGGGCCCUGGGUGGCAGCCUGGGAGAAUGCACCAUUUGCCUCCACCUGGACAGUGGAGGCUAUGGAGUUCCUCAGCUGUCUGCAUGGCAAGGAGGUGUCUGGUCUGGUGCUGGAGGUGGUGACACCACAGCUUGUAGUCUUGGAGCUGCCGCAGCUUGUGGCCCAGAUGCAUCACCUGGGCUUGGCCAGGAAGGUUGCUUCCCGUUGGUUCUGCCAAAUGGUUAGGCGCAGCCUGAUUUAUGGCCAUGUAGGCAGCCAUAGUGACUCUCUUCCUGGUUGUAAGUAUGAGGGCAAGGAAGACCUGCCCAUCUCUUGGAGACAGAAUUAUGUGGAAAUCAAGUCAUCUUCCUUUGGAACUUACGGAGGCCAAUUAGAAGUGGGAAGUACAGUUGAUGUUGUUGUGUCUCAUGUUGAAAAUCCUAGUUAUUUUUGGUGUCAGUUAAGUAGGAAUUGUGAUGACCUUAAGGUAUUAAUGGCUGAAAUUCAGGAGUAUUGCAAAAAUUCAUCUUCCCCACAUGUUUGGCCAAAUCCUGUAUGUUUAGCCCAGUACUCAGAGGAUGAAAAAUGGUACAGGGCUUUAAUUGUUAGUCACAUUCCUUCUGCAGGAAAAGUACAAGUUAUAUAUGUCGACUAUGGCAACAGAGAGGUAGUCUCGCUAACAAACCUCCGCUCCAUUAACGAUUGCUUUCUUAGGUUAGAGGCUCAGGCUUUCAGGUGCAGCCUUUACAAUUUGAUCCACCCAAAUGGUCAGAAUCCUUUUGCCUGGGAUGAAGAAGCAGUUCAGGCUUUUCAGGAGUUUAUUGAUAAUUCAUCUUGCUUUGAACUGAAGUGUACAAUUUUUGCUUUGGCUUCAAUAAACAAUAAGGAGCUAUUUAAUAUUGUAGAUUUAAUGACACCUUUUCAGAGUGCUUGUCAGUUUCUGACCCAGAGAGGUAUGGCCAGACCUUUGUCUCCUCAAAAGCCUUUGGAAUUCUUGUUUCAGCUUCAUUCUUACUAUUAUUCUACACAUGGUAUCAAAAUAGGCAGUGAGGAAGAUGUUUAUAUUACACAUGUUGAGGAUCCAUGGACAUUUUACUGCCAACUUGAAAGAUGUGCAGAUGUCUUAGCACAGCUCACAGAUAACAUCGCUCGUCUAAGUGAAACAAUGACCAGCUUGGAAACCUCACAGGACAUUGGGAGCUUGUGUCUAGCAAAGUACAGUGACAAGCACUGGUACAGGGGAGUAAUUGUGGAAACAAAACCUAACAUGCAAGUCUUUUUUGUGGAUUUCGGGAACACAGAAGUAAUAGAGAAAGAUCAUCUACUUCCUUUACCCAGCAAUGCUUGUGAUAUCUUGCAUUUGCCAAUGCAGGCCAUAAAGUGUUCCUUAUCUGAUAUAUCUGAUAUCCCCCAAAAAGCUGUAACGUGGUUUAAGCAAGCUGUCCUAGAAAGGCAAUUAAAAGCAGUAGUAGUAGCUAAGGAAUCUGAUGGUAGACUGUUGAUUGAGUUGUUUGAUGGUAAUACUCAAAUUAAUGCAAAACUGAAGGGGAAGCUAAACAACAAAGGGCUGCGUAAGAAUGUAGAAAGUAAAAUGUCGUGCCCUAGAAACACAGAUGUGAAUGAGACUGCAGAGUCCCAUUCAAAUACAGGUAGGCCUCUUGAAAGAACAAAAUACAGAUCUGAAGCCCAGGGAGGAGUGGGAAGUAGCAAAAGGCAUUUCAGAGAAGGUGCAAACCUUUUCCAGCCUUCUACAAAGGAAGAUCUGGCAGCUGGAUUACUAGAGUCAGUUGAAGUGCGUAGCAGGAAGAAGGAAGCUUUUUUGUCAAAUGAAGCAGGGGAGGAGUCUCUGCUUCCUGUCCAGAUGGAUGCACAGUUAGAUGUUAAAUCUGAUGCUGAAGAUGAGUGUGCAGUGCUUAAAAAUGUACCUGAUCUGCUGCAGCAGAAGGUAGUGCCAGCUCUUAAAGUGUUAGUAUAUGUGUCUCAUGUGAAUGAUCCAUUGGAUUUUUAUGUUCAACUAGAAAGUGAUGAGGCUCAGCUUAACAGCAUUUCAGAAAGCUUAAAUGAUGGAACAGAAGCAAAGAGCCCUUGUGAACAGGUCUUCCAAGCAGGUGACCUAGUCAGUGCUGUUUAUUCAGAAGACAGCCUGAGAUAUCGAGCUAUAGUAAAAGAGAAGACUUCUGACAAUUUGAUAAGUGUACAAUAUAUUGAUUAUGGUAACACUUCAGUAGUUGGUGUGGAUCAAGUAUGCAGACUCCCUGAAGACUUGUCAUCUGUUCCAGCAAUAAGCAUUCACUGCUUCCUAGGUGGACUUAAAUGUAAAAUAAAUACAGACUGGGCAGAGAAAGCAGUGCUUUACUUCAUCAAGAGAACAAGAGAAAUUCUGCUAACGUGUGAAUUUGUAGAGGAGGUUGAGGGUAAAUGGGAAGUUAUUCUCAGUGACCACCACGGUGUAAUAACAGUAGACUUAGCAGAUGAAACUCUUGUGAGUAUGGAAAGAUCUUGUUCAACAGAAAUACUUGAUAGAGGAGAGAACAGUAAAGUAACUGUGUGUGAGCCUUUGCCUCCUCAGGCACAGAAUGAUAUUUCCCAUGUAAGUGAUUGUAAGUCAUUUACCUGGAAGUUUCCAAAGGCAGGUCAGAUUGUAAAAAUUUAUGUCACAGUGGCAAAUGGUCCAGAAUACUUUUGGAGUCACAGUGCUGAUACAGAAGACAUGAACUACAUAGAAGAGAAAAUAGAGGAAGCUGAAAAUCUUGGACUAAAUGCUAUGAAUGAGUGCAGAUCUUGUAUUAAAAGUGGUGAUGUUUGUCUAGCAAAAUAUAGUCAAGAUGGAAAGUUCUACAGAGCUGAAGUGAACAGCAUAAAAGGUGACCAUGUACUUGUUAGACAUAUGGAUUAUGGAAGUGAGGAAGCUGUUAGCAUGGAGAUGAUCAGACAGAUUCCAUGUGAGUUGCUCAAAGUACCUAACCAAGCAUUUGCUUGCUGUCUGUCAGGUUUCAGUUCCUCAGAGGGUUCAUGGCUUAGUGAAGCGGGAGACAAGUUUUUUGAUAUGACCAAAGACCUCUUGUUAGAAGCUGAAAUAAUAGAAACUCGGGAAGAGAAAGCUUCUGAAAUCCCUCUGUGUGUUGUUAAGCUGGAAGCUUCUGGCAAGAGUAUUAAUGAAGAGAUGAAACAUUUUUGGAAGGCUAAUGAAGGAACUGGUGAUGAUGCUUUCUCAGACCUUGAGAACCCCUUAAAGGGAAACGGAUGUUCAAACAGUGAUAUGGGUCUCUGUCUCAAAAGAGAAACUGCUGCUCUUUUUGGAUUAAGUCAAGAAGAAAGCAAAAGUACUUCACUUCGUUUUAAAUCUUUCCUGGAUGUAACUUCUGAGUGUUCAAAUAGUGUAGAAGCAAAUGUCUCAGCAGGACCUGUUAAGUCUGUGUGUGGGAAGGCUGAGGUUGGAUGUGAAACAGCUGAGUGUCAAAGCAACUUUGAUAAAAAGAUACCUCUGCCUCAAGGAGAGAGUAAUAACAGUGUAUUGCUGGAACUGAAGAGAAGCUCCAGUCUUCAUAUCUUGGUUGGUGAAACAAAAGCUGCAGAACAAGAAUUAUCUGAGGUACCACUUCAAGAGGAUGCUGAGCUGCCAGCAGCACCGACAGGCAGUACUUUAGCAUCCAGUCUUUUCCUAGGAAACAAACAAGACCUGCAAAGAUUGCCAGUGCCCCAGGUACUGUCGUCUCCAAGUGAUGAAAUGGCAAUGUUAGUAGAACUGGAUCAAUUGCAAACUCACUCUUUAUGUGAUCUGGAAAACCUCAUACCGGAGCUAGAGGCACUCUCAGGACGAUCAUCCUCUGAAGAAACAAAGCAAGCUCUGGAAACAGAAUCACUUGAAAUACAGGCAGCUUUGGGCAGUGAAGCAAAAGAGAAAGAGUUGGAAUGGGAAUCAGUUUUUCUGCCAGUUGUGAGUGGGGAGAUGGGAGAUUUGGCAGCUCUGGAAUUUCAUGAAAUCUUAAAUUCAUUUAAUGAGAGACAGAACUUGGUGCCUUCAGUUGGCAAUAGAGAGAAGACAGAGCUGAUUCCAUCAGAUGUUCAGCAUUCUUUGAGAGUGAAGGCAAAGAAACCGGAGUUGAUUCCGUCUGGAGCUCAUAAAGCAGAAACUAUAGAAGAAGACUGGAUGAAAGUAGAGCUGUCUUCAUCUGGUGCUAGACCUGAGAAACAACUGGACCUGAAGCCCAAUGGCACAUUGUCAAUGCUAGCUGGCAAAAGUGAGAAUCUUCUGGAACUGGUGAUGCCUGAUGUACAGUUGUCUCGGGAAGACCCAUUACUGCAAAGUUCUGCAAACAGUGGAAGUCAAUUUUCAUUUCCUAGAAAAGAUUUAACAAAUCAGAGGCCUGUUUGCACUGCAAAAUCAUAUGACUGCAAAGUUAAGAAACCUGAGGAGUGGCAGAAGAACGAUGACUCUUAUGUGAAAGAAUGGAUGAAACAAGACUUGACUGACUCAUUUAAAGAAUGUGGAAAUAUAUAUGUGCAGCCUUUAGACUAUAAGCCUGAGGAUAAAGAAGUAGACAACAAGCAAAGUGAGAACUUGGCUGACUGCGGUGCAGAACACCGUGAGCAUAUUUGUAGUCUGAAGGGCUUUGCUGUUGGUUCCAGCUGUGUAGUGUGGACCUCUCUAAAAUGGUGUGAGGCUCGCAUUCUGGAGGUAUCUGAAAAAGGUACCAGGGUGUUGAAUCUCUCCAGUGGCAGUGAGGAGAUUGUGGAUCCUGAGAAUGUCUGGAACUAUAUUCCUGACAGGGCUCACAGAUCAUCUGAGGCAAAAACUCCUGCAACAGAAAACUUGCAGUCCUUACCAGAGGAGUUCGUACUUCAAGAAAAGUGAACUGGCUGCAGUUCAGAUUUAUCUGAAGAUCCUCAAGUCCUUCAGCAUUCCUGAAAUUAAGUGAUGUGGUCACCACGUGAAGCUGAACAAGUGCCCGAGGACACAAUCCCAUGAAAAUGUGUUUUCAUAGGAACAAGAAUAUAAGCAAAGCAUUGAGUAUUUCUGCUGCCUAACUGAGCAAAUGCCUGUUACGCUAUGCUUCCCUGUCAAAGAGUAGUACUUGUUGGUAGUGUUAUGGUCAAUUACCUUAUAGCUGUACUUCAGUAAGGAUUUUCCCCUUGAUUGGCAUUCCUUACUGAAUGUAUGUGUGCACCAGCUUCUGUCUAGCUGUUGGUGGGUGGUUCUUGAGCUCGGGUUUGUUGUGGGUUGCUGUAUAGGCUACUGUGUUUCACAAUACUGCUUUCUGAAAAGUUGCCUUGCUAAGUGGUUUGUCUUUUUUUUUUCUUUUGACUGAGCAAAGUUCAGGAUAACUUGGUGGGUGGAGGAGUGUUUUCCCUGUAAGGGAACAUAAUUGGUUUUGGUUUAAGUCUUGUAUUUUUUGUUGUUGUAAAGCAAGGGAAGAAUCUGGAAUAAAACUUUGUUAGCAAAUAUUCAUUAGUGUUUUGUUAAAAGACUUGUGUUCUUUCCCUAUGUAUAAUCCCAGAUGCUGUGUGUGUACUGAAUAUCUUUCUUCAGUUCUACUACUGCAGUUAGACAUAGCUGUGCAUGUUCUGCAACUACUGUUCUGUUUCGACCCUAAAAAGCUCUCUAGAGCACUGUGAGCAAUGGUGAGGGCUUUUAAAGUCAUG